CACAGCCACUUCCAGGCUAAUCAUCACACUCGCAAUGGCAUCUACGUGGCUUCACCUGCUGGGACUGCUGAUGCUGUGCCUAGUCUUGGCCACAGGAUCGGCCAAGCCUUUCGAUUCCAGGCGCAACAGGAACUGGGGCAGCGGACAAGGACCACCUCCUAGGAUCCCCACAACACCGCCCUUCAAUCCCCACGGCUGAGAAACAAAGUCACCCUUCUUUGGAGAUCAAUUCCAGCUACAAACUAGUGCACUGUUCUGUUAGAUCUGAAGAAUGCUUCAAUAAAUAUGUUUACAUCUCUGCACCAAA